UGUGUAGUCCGCAGGAGUCCGGCAUGAACGCCGCAGGCGUGAGAAUGGUGACCCGCAGCCGCAGCCAGGGAUCUAGGGCCCGGCCGCGGCGGGGUGGGGAGGAGGCCGCGCCGCUCCAGAGGGGAGAGGCGUCUGGAGAGUUGGCCAGAGGGGGAUUCCCACAGGCACCCAGGAACUCCAGGGGUAGUCCAGACAGGGAGAUCCACUGGGGCAGAAGCGUGGCAGGAGGAACGGAUGGAGGGAACAAGCAAGUGACAAUGCCAGACAGGGACCCGGUGGCACUUUUUGCAGAAGGAAGGAAAAGCCACAGUCGUGUGAAGUGUCAGCAGAAGUCACAGAGAGUGAAUGUGGCCUACGAGGCCUCAGAUGGUGAGAAAGGAGAGGACACUGAGCCCCUCAAGGCACCAGGCUGGGAGCCCCAGGACUGGCAGCAGCAGCUGGUGAACAUCCGCACCAUGAGGAGUGGGAAGGACGCGCCUGUGGACCAGCUGGGGGUGGAGCACUGCUAUGACCCCAGUGCACCCCCAAAGGUGCGGAGGUAUCAGGUGCUGCUGUCGCUAAUGCUCUCCAGCCAGACCAAAGACCAGGUGACAGCGGGCGCCAUGCAGCGGCUGAGGGCCUGGGGCCUGACGGUGGACAGCAUCCUGCAGACAGAUGACAGUACGCUGGGCACGCUCAUCUACCCCGUGGGCUUCUGGAGGAACAAGGUGAAGUACAUCAAGCAGACCAGUGCCAUUCUGCAGCAGCGCUAUGGUGGGGACAUUCCAGCCUCCGUGACAGAGCUGGUGGCACUGCCAGGCGUCGGGCCCAAGAUGGCACACUUGGCCAUGGCCGUGGCCUGGGGCACUGUGUCCGGCAUUGCGGUGGACACACACGUGCACAGGAUCGCCAACAGACUCAGGUGGACCAAGAAGACAACCAAGUCCCCAGAGGAGACCCGCACCGCCCUGGAGGAGUGGCUGCCCAGGGAGCUGUGGAGCGAGAUCAACGGACUGUUGGUGGGCUUCGGACAGCAGACCUGUCUGCCUGUCCGCCCACGCUGCCAGGCCUGCCUCAAUCGGGCCCUGUGUCCAGCUGCACAGGGGCUCUGAGGGCCGUGGGGCCUCAGCCCGGGCGCCACUCUGGCCACUGUCUGCUAUGUGUCUUUGCUGGGGAGCUGCAACCUGUUUAUAAUAAAGCUUGGGGGUUGUUUGUA